GUCACGAUUGAGGAAACGUAAACGAUCAGAGUAAGUUUGGUUGGGCCAGUGGUCCUGUAAAUAAUUUCGGUUCCUUUUUAUCUAAAUUAUGGUUUGUUAAUAUGUCACUUAAAUUGGUUGAUAUAUAAGUACGGAUUGCUGUAAUGUAUUCCCAGUUAGAACGGUUAAACUAGCUAGGUGGUUGGCUACAUUUAAUGCUGUAGAGCUUUCUAGUGCUGUCUUGCUAGCUAGCUAACGCGGCGUUAGCUUUUUUCGAGGUUGACAGUUCUGGCUUUGACAGCUAGCAGGCUAGCAUCUUGCCUAGCUAGUUAGGUAAUUAACACGUGAAAAUUAUAAAUCCCUGGACUGAAAUAACAAAUUAUCGAUAUAAGAUACGCAGACACACAGGUACAGCUUGGGUUUAUGUGGGAGUGGUGUGGAACAUGCAAGCAGCCAGUUGAGAGAUCAUGAGGGAACUCCAGGCCAGGAUCCCGUGAGCGUACCCCUCAACUUGCUCUGUGUGACCUGCCUUCCCCACUGGAGUUUCUCAGCCUUGCUAUGCCCCAUCCCCAUCCCCAGCCAUGAGCUCUGCCCUGUGGAGCCAGGAGAAGCCCAGCGGGGGCUUCAGGGAGGACUGGCGCUUCUACAUGGUAGUGAAGGAAUGCACAGUGGAGAAACCUGCCCAGAAGACCCUGAGGAUCCCCCGUGGCAGCCUGGGCCAGGCCUGCCAGGAGCGCAACAGCCUGGGCCGCACACUCCCCCCCAGCAAGGGCAAGAGGAGUCUGCGAAUCCUGGACCAGACCAACGUGGUGCUGAGCCUAGACGAGAGGGACUUGCUGGAGCUGGAUGAGAAGCUAGCUGAGCUGCUCUUCCCCAUCACCAACUGUGAGGAGCGCUACGCUCUGCUCUGCAACAAGUCCCGCCUGGAGCGCGCCCGUGACAUCGACUGUGGGUCCAAGGUGCGUGUGCAGCUCCGCUCGGGGGAUGAGUCUCUGCCAGGGGUGGUCCGCUUCAAGGGCUCGCUCCUGCCCGACCGGGCACUCUCUGGAAUUUGGUUCGGCGUGGAACUGUUGGAGGAGGGCCGGGGCCAGGGCUUCACAGAGGGCUCCUACCAGGGGCGGCAGCUGUUCCGCUGCGAGGACGAGUGUGGCGUGUUUGUGGCCCUGGACAAGCUGGAGCUGUGGGAGGACGAGGAAGAAGGCGAGCUGGAGGUGGACCAUGUGACGUUAGUAGAAGAGGAGCAGGACUUCCCCCCUCUAGAGAUUAACUCCAGGGUGCUGGUGCAGACCAGGGAGGGGCCUGAGAGGGGAACCAUCAUCUUCUGUGACCUGCUGCCUGGCAAUGAGAGCCUGGGAUACUACGUGGGUGUUGAUAUGGACAAUCCUAUCGGGGACUGGGAUGGUGUUUUCGAUGGGAAGCUCCUGUGUAAUUUCGCUAGCUUGGAGCACACUCGCCUCGUACCCAUCUGUGACGUAAUGCCAGAAUACGCCAUGCAGGACCAAAGGCUGCAAAAGCACAGUUUUGCCCCCAGAGGCAGCGGCAGUGACAAGUCUUCCUCUGGCCAAAGCAAACCAAAGAGCAAAGGCCUAGGUCAUCAGUGUGGGACUAGAAGCAAGUCUGAGUUUUAUUAUACUUUAAAUGGCAGCUCUGUUGAUCCCCCAGCGCAGUCCAAAUCCAAAAGCACAUGGUACAUUGAUGAAGUCGGGGAGGACCCUGCCAAGUCUCUCACGGAAACCCCCCCUGACUUUAACCAAGCCUCGCCCCCCAGGGCCCCGCCCACCACCUCUUUGUCCAAUGACAACAAGUUCCACUCACUGCCCUUCAGCCUGAGCCGCAAGACGGGGCCCAAUGGUAGCAUGAGUCACGGGCCGCUCUCCCUCUCCGUCCAAUCGGUGAUGGGAGAGCAGCCAGAGCCCUCUCCUCCUCCCCCUUCGUCCCCACGGCCUCCCAGCCCCCCACGCGGGGUGCCAGGGCUGGAGGUGGGCUCCCUGGUGGAGGUGAAGGAGAACCCUCCCCUGUGUGGGGUCAUCCGCUGGGUGGGCCUGCCCCCGGGUCUGCUGGAGCCUCUGGCUGGCCUGGAGCUGGAGGAAGAGUGUGUAGGCUGUACGGAUGGUACCUUCAAGGGAACACGCUACUUCAGCUGCCCACCCAAGAAAGCCCUGUUUGUGAAACUCAAGUGCUGCCGGCCCGACUCCCGCUUCCCCUCCCUACCCCACUCCUCCAACCCCAUAGAACGCUGCAACUCCAUAGCGUUUGGCGGCUACCUGAGUGAAGUGGUGCAUGAGAACACUCCACCACGCACUGAGAAUGAUGGUCUGGACGUCAUGGUGGGCAAGAAGAAAGGAAUCCAAGGCCACUACAACUCCUGCUACCUGGACUCAACCCUCUUCUGUCUGUUCUCCUUCAGCUCGGUCCUCGACACGGUCCUCCUGAGGCCCAAGUCCAAGACUGAUGUGGAGUACUACAGAGAGACCCAGGAGCUACUGCGCACAGAAAUAGUCAACCCCCUUCGCAUACACGGGUAUGUGUGUGCUACUAAAGUGAUGAAACUGAGGCGGAUCCUGGAGAAGGUGGAGGCUGCCUCAGGCUUCACCUCGGAGGAAAAAGACCCAGAGGAGUUUCUCAACAUCCUGUUCCACCACAUACUGAGGGUAGACCCCUUACUCAAGCUGAGGUCGGCAGGGCAGAAGGUCCAGGACUGCUACUUCUACCAGAUCUUCAUGGAUAAAAAGGACAAAGUGGGCGUUCCCACCAGCCAGCAGCUCAUAGAGUGGUCUUUCAUCAACAGUGACCUCAAGUUUGCUGAGGCGCCCUCCUGCCUCAUCAUCCAGAUGCCUCGCUUCGGCAAGGACUUCAAGAUGUUCAACAAGAUCUUCCCCUCUCUCGAGCUCGACAUCACAGACCUGUUGGAAGACACUCCCAGGGAGUGUCGGAUCUGCGGGGGCCUGGCGCUGUACGAGUGCCGGGAGUGCUACGAUGACGGAGACAUCACUGCUGGGAAGAUCAAACAGUUCUGUGAAAAGUGCAAUACUCAAGUCCACCUCCACCCCAGAAGGAAGGCCCACCGGCACGGCAAGCUGUCCGUGCCCAAGGAGCUGCAGGAGUGCGUGUGGCGCCAGGGCAGCUUCCCUCGCCAGAGGAUGGAGCUCUUCGCCGUGCUCUGCAUCGAGACCAGCCAUUACGUGGCCUUCGUCAAGUACGGCGCCUCUGACUCCUCCUGGCUCUUCUUUGACAGCAUGGCCGACCGUGACGGAGGGCAGAACGGCUUCAACAUCCCCCAGGUGUCUCCGUGUCCCGAGGUGGGGGCCUACCUGAAGAUGACUCCAGAAGAGCUCCACGCUCUCGACCCCAAGAGCAUCCAGGGUCAGGCCAGACGUCUGCUGUGCGAUGCCUACAUGUGCAUGUACCAGAGCCCGACCAUGAGCUUGUACAAGUAGAGCUCUCCCACAGAUGCACACACAACACACUGGCUGGAGAGAAGAGUCCAGUUGACAAGAGUCCCCCCCCAGCCUCUCCUCAAAUGUCUCUGUCUGCACAAAAUGAAGAGACUGUGGAUAAGAGGAGGAGAGAGAGAGAAA